AUGCCGUUCAACGGGGAUCUCGACCGUCAGAUCGAGCAGUUGAUGGAGUGUAAGCCGUUGGCUGAAGCGGACGUGAAGAUCCUGUGCGAUCAAGCCAAGGCGAUUCUGGUUGAGGAAUGGAAUGUUCAGCCGGUUAAGUGUCCGGUCACCGUCUGCGGCGAUAUCCACGGCCAAUUCUACGACCUAAUUGAGCUUUUCCGUAUCGGCGGUAACCCGCCGGAUACUAAUUAUCUGUUCAUGGGUGAUUAUGUAGAUCGCGGAUACUAUUCAGUAGAAACAGUCUCUCUAUUGGUGGCACUGAAGGUGCGUUACAGAGACAGACUCACUAUCCUGCGAGGGAAUCAUGAGAGUCGUCAAAUUACACAAGUCUAUGGUUUUUAUGACGAGUGCUUGAGGAAAUACGGAAACGCAAACGUGUGGAAGUAUUUCACAGACCUUUUUGAUUAUCUACCUCUUACAGCACUCAUAGAGAGUCAGGUUUUCUGUUUGCAUGGUGGGCUUUCACCGUCUCUGGAUACUCUUGACAAUAUCCGAAGCUUGGAUCGGAUACAGGAGGUUCCCCACGAAGGACCAAUGUGCGAUUUGCUGUGGUCUGAUCCAGACGAUCGUUGUGGAUGGGGGAUAUCUCCCCGUGGUGCUGGUUACACAUUUGGGCAGGACAUUGCCACUCAAUUUAACCAUACCAAUGGACUGAGUCUAAUAUCAAGAGCGCAUCAACUUGUAAUGGAAGGCUUUAAUUGGUGUCAGGAGAAGAAUGUUGUGACGGUGUUUAGUGCACCAAACUACUGUUACAGAUGUGGAAACAUGGCUGCAAUUCUUGAGAUUGGAGAGAAGAUGGAACAGAACUUCCUUCAGUUCGAUCCUGCACCUAGACAGGUCGAACCUGAUACCACUCGCAAGACUCCUGAUUAUUUUUUGUGA